AUGGGGCAGCAGUCGUUGAUCUACAGCUUCGUAGCGAGAGGCACGGUGAUCCUCUCCGAGUACACGGAGUUCACCGGAAACUUCACCGGCAUAGCUUCACAGUGCCUCCAGAAACUUCCCGCUACAAACAACAGGUUCACCUACAAUUGCGACGGCCACACCUUCAACUUCCUCGUCGAGGACGGCUUCACAUAUUGUGUUGUUGCUGUAGAAUCUGUUGGCAGACAGGUUCCAGUAGCAUUUCUUGAGCGGAUUAAGGAGGAAUUUACCAAGAAAUAUGGAGGAGGAAAAGCUGCUACAGCUGUUGCCAACAGCUUAAACAGAGAGUUUGGGCCCAAGAUGAAGGACCAAAUGCAAUACUGUGUGGAUCAUCCAGAGGAGAUCAGUAAGAUUGCAAAGGUGAAAGCUCAGGUUUCAGAAGUCAAAGGAGUAAUGAUGGAAAACAUCGAGAAGGUUCUUGACCGUGGGGAGAAGAUUGAAAUUCUGGUCGAUAAAACUGAAAACCUUCGUUCACAGGCACAAGAUUUCAGGACACAGGGAACUCAGAUGAGGAGGAAGAUGUGGUGGCAGAAUAUGAAGAUAAAGCUGAUUGUCCUGGGAAUUAUCAUCGCUUUGAUUCUGAUCAUUGUUUUGUCAGUCUGUGGAGGCUUCAACUGCUAGUGCCUGUGGCCUUCCAUUUGUUUGUUUGAUUAGGAUGCCAUUCAUUAACCAACUGGAAAGCAAUAUGCUUUAUUAUUCCAUUCCAUUCCAAUGGUGUCAUUUGUCUAGAUAUAAUUCCACCUUUUUUGCUCUACAUUUCACUCAUGUGUAUUCUGUAGUCUGAAUUGUAUUGCGAGAGAGACAUACAGUGGCUGUAUAGCUUGUAGUGCUGAGUGCUGAAUUCUUUGAAUGUAUUAUAUAUUAUAGUAAACGUUACAAGGGUGCCUUCCUUUCCCUUUGUUUAUGAGA